GGAAACCUCUCUCUUUGUAGAGACACGAACCAAUGGGUACGGCCCAUGACGAAGGCAGGUAAUGUAUUCAUAACCAUCGUUCGUUGCGAUUUGUGCGGCAAAUUGUAAAAUUUCUACCUCAACAAGGAAAGGAAGCAGUUUUCUCCGUCGUUGAACAAUGGCACGUACCAAGCAGACAGCGCGUAAGUCAACUGGUGGCAAGGCUCCCCGUAAGCAGCUCGCUACUAAGGCAGCCAGAAAGAGUGCCCCGUCCACUGGUGGUGUGAAGAAACCCCACAGAUACAGGCCAGGAACUGUUGCCCUCAGAGAAAUCCGUCGUUACCAGAAAUCAACUGAAUUGCUGAUCAGAAAACUCCCAUUCCAGAGAUUGGUCAGAGAAAUCGCCCAGGAUUUCAAGACAGAUCUGCGUUUCCAGAGUGCAGCUAUUGGUGCAUUGCAGGAGGCAAGCGAGGCCUACUUGGUCGGACUCUUUGAGGACACUAACUUGUGCGCUAUUCAUGCAAAGAGAGUGACCAUCAUGCCCAAAGACAUUCAACUCGCCAGGAGAAUUCGUGGUGAACGUGCAUAAGUGACUCAAAAGCUUCAAGACAGACUUUUACAUUCAUGAAGCCAUCAUCCCAGCACAUCAGGAUCAUUUUUUGAACCAGUUUUACAAAUUUCAUAAUAUGGUUGGAGUGAAUUUUUAUAUUGUCAUCUAAAGAUUCUCAAGAGGUAGAUCAAGUGAUUUAUAUAAUAACCGUAACUUAUUUUCUGAAGUAUUCUUUUCGUCUGGUCCAUCUUCUUGUCGCUAUCAUUUUCUUCUCUGCUAUGUAAUAUAGGCUAGCCUUUUAUCAUUAUCAUUGUUUUAUGUGUAUCGUCUCAUAAUAAAUGUAGACUAAAGUUCUUUUAGUGUUUGUUUGAUGGACUGUCUUUUAUUGGUGUUAAGUGUAAACAAAACUAUCAGGAAGAUUAAAAGCGCAGCAUGUCAUUUCUCAUCCAUAUCUUAAAUCAUUCGAUUUCAAAAACAUUUUUUGUAGUGGAUGAUGAAAAUUAAAACUUGGUCACCAA